AUGCUCAUCUCUGUCGUCGCGAUUCUCUUCGUGGCAAAAUGCCUAUCGACGGGCAUGAAAUGGCACCUAGCGAGCCAGAACCUCGACCUCGCCAUGCUGGUAGUGCAGCAGUUACAGGAGAAGUACCUGGCCGCUAGGUUCAUCUUCGCAUACUAUACAGCAGCGUUUGAAAAGGUGGCACCGUCCCAAAGACCGCUGCUGGAUGCCGGGUCGGCGCCGGCACCGGCACCGGCAUCGACAGCUUCCACCUUGCCGACAGGUUCCUGCUCCAAUACAUUUCCGAACCUGGCAGCAACCUCUACCUCCACCAAUACGGCCAAUUUUGAAAAUACCCCGAGGAUUUAUGAGAGAGGCGUCGAGGCCCGUGGUGGGCCCAGCACCACCAGUCCCUUCCAUGCCGUCGAGUCCUUCUCCUCGGGGCAGGAGGAUCAUCUGGGCACAUGGGCAGAGUGUUUCCCAGCGAGCAUGGCCGCGGAUUUUGACAUCUUGUUCGGGGCGGAGGGCAUCAUGAGAGGGUUUGAGGAGCUGGUUUGA